UUUUAAUAUAAUAAAAUGUUUUUAUAUAAAUUAACUCCGCAAUCUUUAAGCAAAUAUAAAGAGAAAAGUGUUUUUUUGUCAAAGCCCAAAUUGGUUGAUCUCUACGAUUAUAAUUAUGAGAAAGUUACAAAGGCCAAGAGGAUUAAAUAUUUGAAAACACCAAAAUCGGAUGUAUAUCCAAUCGACUUAAAUGAUGGCUUUGAAAAAUAUAUAAUUCGUAACUCUUCUAUGUAUUCAAGAUACAUCGAGUUAUCACUUAAAUAUGACAUGACCUCUGCUGCCGAACGUGAUGGUGAUGAAAAUAUUGAAAAAACAAAAGUAAUUACAAGACGUGGUACCUUAGCCCAUAUAAUGGAAUCAUAUUAUAAUAAGAGACAUUACGAUGACUUAAAUAUACGGGUAUCACGUUAUAAUGGAAAUAUAUAUAUGGUAAUGGAGGAAGAAGAUGAGUCAUUAUGUGAGCUGAAAGCAGUUCAAACACAUCAUGCCCGAUUGGAGAAACUGUUAUUUACUGAUUCACCCGAUAAGCCACCAAAAAUAGAUGAACCAUGUGAUGAAAACAUUCAACUAAUUGGAAUACAUAGAAGUAACUUUGGGAAAUAUGAUAUUAUUUACUCAGGCGAAAUACAAGGAAUCGAUUCCAAUGAAGAAAUCAAAGAUUUUGAUGAUUUCGAUGCUCUCAAUAAUUGUCGUUUUGUCUACUCCAAGCAAAUGUGGACAACAUUAAAAAAUAAAGACAACAAAUAUUUAAAGUUUUGGCUGCAAUCAUAUUUAGCUAAUGUUCAGGAUGUUUAUAUUGGCUAUAAAUCCCGAAAUGGAAUUAUAGUAGAACCUAUAGAACGAAAAGCCGUAUCAGAUAUACCCAAGAAUCGUUUUUGGCAGCCCCCGAUUUGUACAGGAUUUUUAUAUGAUUUUUUGCAAAAUGUAGAAAAACUCAUGUCUUCAGUCAACUGCUUAAACACAGUCUAUUUGAUUCAAUAUGAUCAUGAAAACAAAAGCUUCAGUUAUGAAAUAUUUAAAGGUGAAACUGAUAAAACUUUUAUAUCUAAAGAGUAUAUGAAAUAUUGCAUGGAAAAGUCUGCAUAAUUCAGACUAUAAACUGUACAAUUUAUUAUUUUUAAUAAAAUUUUAAAUUAUAAAACUUGUUUUCAAAAUAAUUACAUAAAUACGCUCAUAUGCUGCAACGGCGUCAUAACUCAAAAAAAUUAAA